UGGGAACAUGAGAGAAGACGAUGUUGGAAGAUGCUGUGUUAAUGAUUCGCUUAUAAUAAAAUUUGAGAAUGUUUGAAAAAUACGACGUCACUCAAGGGGCUCUUAUUCGCCAAUCAAUGCGUCAACUAGGUAAGUAAGCUUUUUGCUGUUGUAAUGCUGUUUAAAUGAGUAUGUCGUCAACUUAAAUACCUUUGACAUAAAUAAUAAAAUAAUUGUUCAUGAAGCAUGAAGCAGUAUUUAAAUAAAAUUCUUCUGUUUUUUCCAAAUUAAAGGUGGGGAUGCUUAAUUCUAUAAACUAUAUGUGAAAAGUAGCAUAAAAAGUAUUGUCUCCUCUUCUGAAUUCUAUAUCAUGCUGAUAGAACUCUCCAUGUCUUUUUACCACAUACAUUUUUCGGAUACCACGUUUUAAUUUGAAAAUGUCCACAGUGGUGGCCCAAAUUUCAGUAAAAAGUAAUUUAUACAUAUGUAGGUUCAUUCGGUUGAAAAUUCAUGGAGUAAGUAGAAUAUCGCUUGUUCAUUAGGUUGCUUUCCCAACGCGGCAUCAAAAAAUAAUGAUGUUGCAAGGAUGCAUAUUAUUUGCAAUUGUAUCGAAAAAUCAUAAUUACAUGAAGGCUGUUAUUAACUUUGAAUAAGGAGAACGGGACCCAGCAGAAUCUCUCAGAGUAUAUAAUUCCCCAAAAAUUUGAUCAAAUCGUUAAAUCCACGAAAAUACUUUGUGUUACUCACACCGACAGCGUUAAGAGACCCGAGUUUGAUACACCAUCCUUAGCUCUGAAAAUUGGAUACUCUCUCAAAAAGUCUGCUGCAAUACAGAGAGGUGUUGCACUUAGAAAUGGCGAUCUUAAGGAAGACGAAAUUGUAAAAGCGUUUUUAAACCUUCUGGAGAUGGAAUGGGCAUCACGCAUAUCUUCCAAUGCUCUUAAUACUUUGUACAGCCGAAAGAUGAACAAAACUCAACUACUACCUAUCACUGAAGAUCUGUUAAAGCUUAACACAUUCAUUAGUAACUCUAUCAAAAUGUACAAGGAACGCCUACAGACAUUUUCAGAUUCCGAUAGCUGGAAAAUGCUAGCGUAUUGCUUACUGGCAAGAAUAAUACUUUUUAAUAAGCGCAGAUCUGGGGAAGCCGCAAGAAUAACUAUAGAUAGCUACAACUCAAAACCUCAAUGGAGUGAACAAUCCACGACUGAAUUGAAAAAUUCCCUAACACCAUUUGAGGUGAAACUUGCCGAACGAUUAGCGGUAGUAGAAAUUCCUGGGAAAAGGGGCAAGAAAGUACCAGUUCUUCUUACGGAUGAGGUUAGGGUAGCGCUCGACUUGUUAAUAUCAAAAAGAACAGAUUGUGGAAUAUCUGGUAAUAACCCAUAUAUAUUUGCUUGCUCGAAGAAUUCGACUCAAUCCUUAAGGGGGCAUGAUUGUCUUUCGAAGAUGUGCAAACUGGCUGACUUGAGAAAUCUUGAACUGAUUACAGCUACUAAGCUAAGAAAAUAUGUGGCUACCGUAUGUCAGAUGUUUGAUCUGACUGAAACCGAAUCUGACUGGUUAGCAAGACAUUUGGGCCACGACAUACGGGUCCACAGAGAAUUUUAUCGCUUACAUGAGAGCACCGUGGAACUGACCAAAGUUAGUAAAUUGCUGAUGGCGGUUGAUGAAGGAAAAGUGAGCACCUUCGCUGGGAAGUCACUAGCAGAUAUAGAGAUAGACGAUUUACCACAAAUAGGGGAAAGUGAGAAUGGAUCGGAUUGUGAGGCAGAGUUGGACGGUCAAACUUCACCGCAAGACAAUCCACCUACAGAAGUCUCAAAGAAUGCAUCUCCUACAGAACUCCCAAAGAAUGCUUCUCCAAAGCGGACUUUACAGAAAAGAGGUAAACAACCAUGGACACCAAAAGAAAAGGAAACUGUCCUGACCUAUUUCAAAAUUAAUAUCAGGAACUCAAUAGUACCAGGGAAAGUAGACUGCAUGAAAUGCAUCGAAGCACAUCCUCUGCUGGAUCAGAGAGACUGGAAGAAAAUUAAAUAUGCAGUGAAAAACGUCAUAGAUAAAAACAAAAAGCUAAAAAAGAAACAUACAAUGUAACAAGUUUUAAUUUUGGUUUUUUUUUGCUCUGCAAUACAGUAAGAAGGGCCUGUAAGGCUAUUUGUUGAACUAAUUAAUUUUUUAGGGAAAAAAAUCCUAAAUAAGUUUUAUUAUUAUUCUAUUCAUUGUGUAGCUACUAUUAACAUGCACAAAAUAAAGCCUUAGGGUAUGAAGUUCAUGAAAAUUGGCCUUAAAGAAUUAUUCUAAUAAAUUGUUGUUUAAUGACUCAAAUCGACUAAGACUUCCUAGGAGAGACCAAUUUUUUCAUACCUUUUCGCCAGGAAACAAACCAAGUCAUAAAGAGGCCUUAGAGACCCUCCUUUUAUAAAGAUGUAUCUGUACGUGUUUAUUUUUUAUUUAGGAUACUACUUUACGUUUCGUACAGCGUAUAUUUCUUGCACUGUAAGAGAUUUUAAGUUUUUGGGUGGGUCCACAUGGAUCCACAGUGAGAACACGACUAUUACCAGAGAUCAGACAAUAUCAACACGACCUUACAUAAAACCUGAUUUCAUUGGUUGCUAGGAGCUGUGUUAUAAUAACCAAUCCGUAUGCGCGUAUCUUUGUGGACUCACCCUGUAUAUUUUUUAUGUUGUCUGAUUGUGUUCACUGACAUUUACAUGUUAAAGUUUUGGAUGACAUUAAUUGUUUAAAAAAUAAAGAAUUAAAACUAUAUUGCGCCUGCCAUCAACCGCAUUUCAUCCUCAUACAUUUUUGGUAUUAUCUUGAAAUACCCAGGAUUCUUGAAGUACAUCCUACCGUAUACGUAUCCUUAAAGCCAAUGAGAGUAUCGUUUGAUAUGUGCUUGAAUAUCACUUAUAUAUCAUUGUGGCGACAAACCGAUAUGACAACAUUGCAAAAACUAAACACUCCUAUUAUGGAGACCUGAAGGUACACACAGCUCAUCUUUCAAUAUUAGUGGCUACUCAUACACUCUGUUCACAAAUGUAGGUUGUUAUGACACCCGUAGCCACAAUAUAAUUUAGCUGUUUUUAAUUGUUAAACGGAGUGUAUACCGUUUUUAUUGAUACCAGACUACUGCGACUGCGCACGCACUGAAGAAUGUUCAGGAGAAAUUUCAUCGAAAUCGCCACAAUUGAGGACUAUUCACGCGUCGCCACAAGAACCUAGGCGCCUGUAUGUGUGUGUGUGUGUGUGUGUGUGUGUGUGUGUGUGUG